GCGCGGUGAAGCUGCUCGAAGCCGCGCGGCUCCAAUGACAGCGAGGAAAAAGAAGAACAACUGCUACGUGAACAGUAAGAAGAGUUCUUUUACAGUGAGUCAAAUUAGCAACACACGCAUCGCGUCAAGAAGCAGUCCUGCUUUUUCGGUGAAAAUUAAUACAUUUUGCAUCUAAAAAGUGCUGCAAAUCGUCCAUUGACGAUGUCUUCAGGUGAUCAACAAGCGCAGGCCACUACCGGGCAACCGCAUCUGCAAAAACAAGACCUUUCGCAGCUGGACAUCACUAAGCUGACUCCGCUUUCGCCUGAGGUUAUCUCGCGUCAAGCAACCAUCAAUAUCGGCACGAUCGGUCAUGUAGCACACGGAAAGUCCACCGUGGUGAAGGCCAUCUCCGGGGUGCAGACCGUUCGCUUCAAGAAUGAGCUGGAGCGCAACAUCACCAUCAAGCUGGAGCCGCUUUCGGACGAUUUGAUCAAUCGAUUAACGACCAGUCCGGCCGAGCUGGCCACGUAUAUUAAAAUGACCCACGAACGGUACAAAAUUGAAACCCCCCCGGCAGCGGCUGGGCAGAAGCGUCCUCGCCGCUGGUCCGUUUCGAGUCCACCAGAAGUCGAUGGGAAUCGUUUGAAGCAGGCCAAAAUAUCCAGCUACUUUGGCGGGGGCGGAGGUGCCACUAUAAGCCCUACCGAUGGUAAACUCAAACAACGCAACAUCGAGUUCUAUUUUGGUCGUGCCAUUAAUGGCAAUAAUCAAUCAACGGAUCGGAAUGGUUUUUAUCAUGAUGUAAAGAAGCACGAAACGGAGCAUGACGUCGACGAUACAGAUUCAGUGAUUAGCACAGAAUCACGCCGCAGAUCGCGAAGGAGUCAUACACCGAGAAUUUCCGACAGACGUCAAUCUGUUGCCAGUAUUGGUUCAUCGUCACGAAUGUCUCGACGCGCCGAUUCGGUUGUAUCCGUGUUGAGCGAUACGAGCACUGGUUCACCUUCUGCGAGAACUAACGGUAACCGUGAUGGAGCAGAAACCCCAGUAUCGACUGGAGAAAACAAGAAGCCUAAAUCAGUCAACAAAAACCCGAAAGCAAAUAAAGCUGGGGAGUACGCGGUGGAACAAAUACUUGACAUUCAAGAGAUAUCCAACGCUCCUUAUUUCGAGAUCAAGUGGCGUGGAUAUAGUGCCAAGAGUAACACUUGGGAACCGUUGAAUAAUAUUCGAACCUGCGAUUUUAUUCAUGAAUUUCUCCAAUAUCAAAUAGAAGCACAUCAGGACACGAUUGAUGAAAUUAUGGACGAGUUUCGUAAAACAGAAGGGUAUCAGGAGAAGCUGGAGGUACAGGAAGCUAAAACUCCUGCGGAAAUUUUUAGGGAAUAUGAAACAUUCGAUUCACUGGCUUUCGAUAGUGACCUUGUACUAUACGCGAAGAUCCGGUUGAGUGGUUCGAAAAAUAAGCGUGUUUACGACCGACUCUCUGCAAAUUUUUGGCCGGAAAUGUCAUAUCGAAAACGUCAUCAGCAGUUGCUUAAGAUAAAAACAUUUGAAAAUAUGAUAAACGAGUUUGAGCCGAGUAGUAAAAUUGUUGUUGAAAACUUUGAAGACCUCGAUGUACCAGCAGAGAAUUUCAAGUACAUCAAAGAAAACCUAGCCGGAGAGGGAGUUGUGAUUCCGGACGACCCGCCGUACGGAUGCGAAUGUGAGCAGUGUACGUACCGUAGCGAGUGUUGCGGUAAAAUGGCUGGGUCUCGAUUCUCAUACAAUUACAAAAAACGUCUGAAUGUUGCUCCGGGAACACCAAUUUAUGAGUGUAACAAACGAUGCCGUUGCAGCGCGGAUUGCUCGAACCGUGUCAUGCAGAAUGGACGCAAGUUUAACGUAUCACUCUUCAAGACUUCCAAUGGUCGCGGCUGGGGCGUCAAAACCAACCAAACUAUAUACGAAGGCUGGUACAUUACCGAAUAUGUCGGUGAAGUGAUCACUUACGAGGAGGCAGAGAAGCGUGGUCGUCAAUACGAUGCCGUAGGCCGUACAUAUCUGUUCGAUCUUGACUUCAACGGCAGCGACAAUCCGUACACGAUCGAUGCCGCUUGCUAUGGCAAUAUUGCUCGCUUCAUCAAUCACUCCUGCGACCCCAACUGUGGAAUUUGGUCGGUUUGGGUCAACUGUCUAGAUCCGAACUUACCGAGGCUGGCCUUUUUCGCAAAACGAAAAAUCGAAGCCGGUGAGGAAUUGACGAUCAACUAUCAGACUCAGAUUAACGAAAGCCGUGCAUUGGACGUAAACCAGGAGGACGCGGAAAAGGGUGAUGAUGGACCGGGCAGGGGAAAGCCGGAUCCGGAAAAUCUGACCGAAUGCCGAUGUGGAGCGGCCAACUGUAUGAAGUAUGUGUUCUGAUUGUUUUACUAGUAGAAAAUGGAAUCGUUUUAUUUUUCCACAAAUGUUCGCCUUGCAUCUGUUAGGUAAUUUCAAUAGCGAGUAAGACAUGCAUAACUAUUGUAUUUUUACAAUUUUGAAAUACGUUUAAUCGAGCUUGAAAAUAUAGCCAGUAUAAACUGUCGAA